AUGGCGUCCGCAUCUACACCAAAGCCGGCUGACAAGUCCACUAAUGAGCCCAAGCACGACCAGCAAGCAGCGCAGAAGUCGGCAGCAGCUCUGGAGGAAGACGACGAGUUUGAGGAUUUCCCCGUUGAAGAUUGGCCCGCAGAAGAAACGGAAGCAGCAAAGGGCGAUGGCACGACAGGACAUCUGUGGGAAGAAAGCUGGGAUGACGCCGAUACUACGGAUGAUUUCUCGACCCAAUUGCGGGAUGAGCUGAAGAAGGUGGAUGCAUCGAAGAAGCGGUAA